AUAAGCUGUGACAUCAAACUUGCUGCUGUUAAUCUCUACAAGUGUCAACAUCUCUCUCUCCACAAUAUUCUUACAUGUGUUGGAUUCUCAGAAAGUACUUUCUGGUGUGUCCAUAAGCUUUGGUGGGAGACAGGUGACAUUGUGAGCCCCACCUAUAGCCUUCAUGGGUGCCCUCAUGUUCUCACAAGCUGGAAAAUAUUUAUGUUUCCCUCAAACGGAUCACAAAGGUGA